AGAAAAUCCCAGUCAUGUCGGAAGAGGACAGAAAAUACAGAGGAUGAUGGGCCUCUGCUCGGCCGCCUGGCUCGUUCUGUGGCUCGUGACUCCCGCCAAAGCAGACGCUGAUGAAUCCUGCAUUGUCACGGAGAGCUGCGUCUUACCGUGCAGCUUCCAGGGCGGCAACGAUGUGGUCGUCCACUGGAAUCUGAUGAAGCCGAGAGACCAUCUUGUCCACUCCUACUACCAAAACCAGGACCAGCUCGCUCACCAGGACCAGCGCUUCAGAGGCAGGACGUCACUGUUCAAGGACCAGAUCUCCAGAGGAAAUGCCUCACUCCAGCUGACAGAGGUGCAGGUUCAGGACCAGGGCAGAUACAAGUGUCACACCAGCACCAUCAGAGGAAACAUGGAAUCAUUUAUCAACCUGAGAGUGGACGCUCCAGUUGGUAAAGUCGACCUCCAGCAGGUGGGAAACAGGACCAUCUGCAGCUCAGAGGGGAUCUUCCCUCAACCUGAGCUCACCUGGUCCACCAGCCCUCCAUCCAAUGUGACCUUCAAGAGCCAAACUGAAGUCCAGGAGACUGAGCAGCUGCUCUACAACAUCAGUAGCUCUCUGGUAGUUUCAGAUACGGAUCUGAGCUACAACUGCACCGUCAGCACUCGCAGAAACAGGAGGAGAGCCACACUGCAGCAACUACCUUCUUUGAGUCGUUCCGGCACUGAAACAACGAUCCCCUGCACCGCCUCACACACCUCGAUAACCAGCUUCAGCCUCGUCUGGAGAUUCAACCGCAGCGAGAUCGUCCUGACCCAGACCGGAGCCGACGUCACCUACACGGUCUCAGAGGGGUGGAGGCAGCAGGUGAAGGGCGUGUCAGAGUCAGGCGGCCUCAUGCUAGGGAACUUAUCUUCACAGCAAGAGGGAAUGUACACCUGUGAACUGAGUGAUGCUGAGGAGACACUGAUAACCAACACCUUCCUGUGGAUAGAGAGUCCAGGGGGUCAGAGUGAUGUCACAGCCGUUGCUAUAGCCGUGGUGCUUGUGGUUAUGGUCGUACUGCUAGUCGUCCUGGUGCUCUACUACAAAUGUCAAAUGAGAACAGCAGGACGAAACACGGCAUUUUGUCCUUCAUUCAUACCUUUAAGGAGAGAUGAGACAAGGGACGUAUGACAAGAGACAAUCAAAAUGUACGGUGGCUGAUUAGGGCCAAAAUUCUGCCACUGCAUCAUUUCCUAUUUGUUGUCCAUCGGGAAUCGUACAGCGUCACAGAAAUGCAACGCUUAACAACAUCCCCAGCUGCACGUCUACAGAGCCACACUCAAGUCAUUUAUGCUGUUGAAUAGAGGGAUAUUAUAAGGAUAGCAGCUGAGCAGCCAGUGACAUUGAGACAAGAGUGCUGUCUCUGUGCAAACUUUCAUAAUGAGGUAUUUUUCUCACUCUUUAGUAAAUUAUUGCUCCGUGUUUUUUGACCCGAGAACAAAAGCGAACGAAACAAAGUCUGCACCUCUGCACUCCAACCACAUCCAACUUCAGUUUGAAUCAACAACAGAAACACGUAAAAGCUGAUGCAUUAAUGAAUCUACCAAAUCAGUCCACUUUAUUCUGCCCUUUAUGUGAAACCACAGAUGGGAUAUACAGCUGUGAGCACUUUAAAUGCACAGGAGUCCUUAAGAUCAACACUACCAGUGUGAUACUGACUGAGGAUAUUGGCUUCCUUUAAUCCAAUAGGUCAAUAAUCAUCUACUAACUAUUGGACUUCUCCACUAGGGAUUAUAACCCCCUCCUCAUCUGGGGUUUCUCUGUAGUGGUUUUGUGUCUGUUAGCGUCUUGUUUUCAUGUUGUUGUGCGCAGACAUUUUGAAUCUCUGUUGUUUCACAUCUCUUUGUGGUCGUUGUGCGUCUCUUUGUGGUCAGGCCGUGUUUCUUGGUAGUUGUUUGACUUUUCAACAGUGAAGGUAAACCCUCCAUUCAAACAGAGCGUCUGGCCGGGGGCCACGACCUGUCUUGAGUUGUCUGCUCACAUCACAAGUUGAGUGAUGAGCUCCUUUGAAGUUUAAGUGGUAACACUAAUAAAGAAACAGUGAAAAUGUACUUCUGUGAUGGGAAAGACCCCAGUUUUAAGAAGCAUGUUGCAAACUGAUGGUGAAGAAGCAUGACACUAAGGACUGUCACCAGAGACAAGAGAGUACACUACAUGGUUUAUUUAAUGGUCAGUGGACUGGAUGUAACAGCAUGUCAUCUGCACGAACCUUUAGAAAACACACUUUCUUCAUCUAGAGUCAACCACACAGUGUUAUGACGUGAGGCUUUAGGUCUUACUGCAUGGUGAAGUGCUGCUUGUUCUGUUCAGUGUCUCACAGAGUAUCAAACACUAGAUGGCAGCAUAGUCAGGAUUUUUAGUAUGUGAAUAAUCUGUGGUGAAUUUAGACUGAAGUUGAGGCCAAACUAUAGCAGACUGUAAAGUUGUUCUUUAUCAGGACAGACAAAUAGAUCCUAGAUGUCCGCAGUAUUAUUUAAUAGAGUUCUCAGUUCAUGUCAGUGGCUGUAUUGCUUUUCUACUUUGAGUAAAUAUUCAGUUAAGACCAUUAAUGAAACAUUUAGAUGCAUCCACAACUGUUGUCUAAAAUAACACAGAUAAACACUAAGUUGUUAAGUUGACUUUAAGUCUCCACAUAAAUGUAAGUUCAACAUUAUGUACUGAUGAAAACAUAUAAAGGAUGCCAUUUACUAAUAUUUUGAAGUUCAGUAUAAGUAUAUUUCAUGAAUAAAUACACUACUGUUUAUUAAUCUCCUGUAUACUGUAUAUUUGUGGUCACAGUAACUCGUCAGUAUUAUCAGAAUCACAAAUUACUAAGUGUUUUUUUGACAAUGUUAUGCAUCACACCAUAUUACUUCAGCAUUAUCACAUUGCACCUUAAAGGUUCAAAAUAAAAUGUUUUGU